CACUCGUAUAACUGCGGCUACUUAAUGCAAAUUUAAAAACAACUCGUCUUAGAAAUCACUGGCAGAAGUUAUCUGACAGUAUAUAUGUUUUGUUUUAAAGCAAUAAGUAUUUUUUCUCUUUAACAAUUGUUUUUAUACACUAAACAUUGUAUAAACUUAAUUUAGGGGAAAUAAGAAGCUACAUCUGUUUGAUCUGUAAUUGUGCGUAUUUUAACAUUUGGUUUUGUGAACGUGCGUUCGACAGUGUUCACCUAUUUUUAAAUGACUUUUAGUUAAAAAAAAAGUUAUACUUAAGAGGACAUACAUACAUAGAUGGAAAACUAGGCAGUGGUCUUCUUACGAAACUUUAAAUACUUAAGGAGACUGUGGAGAUUUUCAAUAACAGAAAAAUCGCAUUACAUUUUAUGUUCUUAAUUUUUUAAUAUACUCGUAUGCGAUAACGGGAUCCAUUUUAUUUUACAAGUGCAAACGCUUAUCAUUAUUAAAAGUAGCACAUGAGUCCCACUUUCGAAGCAGCUUUGGCAAAAAUGAUAUAUAUUGCUGAGGAGAAAAAAAAAUUAGGCAACGACCAAUAUAAAGCAGAAAAUUACCACGCUGCGCUAAAGCUGUACUCUGAUGCCAUUCAAUUGUGUCCUGACUUUGCUGCUUACUAUGGCAAUCGCUCCGCCUGUUACAUGAUGCUUUCCAACUAUAUAAAUGCCUUAAGCGAUGCUCGUCAAGCAGUUCGACUAGAUCCGAAGUUCGACAAAGCAUACGCACGCAUUGCUAAAUGCUGUUUAAUAAUGGGCGAUAUGAUCGGUAGCGAGCAAGCUAUUAAAAAGGUGCUUGAAUUAGACUCACAAAGCAAUGCUGUCAAAGUAGAACAACAGGGAAUGAAGCAGCUACGUCAGCUGGAAAAAACGAUACAAACAAACUACGAUUCUAAGGCAUACCGUAAUGUAGUGUACUAUUUAGACAGUGCAUUGGCUAUUGCUCCAGCUUGCCUUAGAUAUCGCCUGCUCAAAGCUGAAUGCCUUGCCUUUCUUGGUCGCUGUGAUGAGGCAGUUGACAUUGCCGUAAGUGUUAUGAAGUUAGAUAGCACUUCUGCGGAUGCCAUAUAUGUUCGCGGCUUGUGUCUUUAUUACACCGACAAUCUUGAGAAAGGUAUAUUGCAUUUUGAACGUGCACUUCAGCUUGAUCCUGAUCAUAAAAAGGCUAAAGAGAUGCGAAACAAAAGUAAAGCACUGAAAGAAAUGAAGGAAAAUGGCAACACUCUUUUUAAGUCCGGCCGUUUUCGAGAAGCCCAAACUAUAUAUACAGAGGCCCUAAAAAUUGAUGAGUUUAAUAAGGAUAUAAAUUCAAAACUAUUGUACAAUCGAGCUUUGGUAAACUCGAAAAUUGGCUCCUUGCGUGAUGCUAUCGCCGAUUGUACACGUGUUUUGGAAAUAAAUUCUCAAUAUCUGAAAGCUUUGCUUCUUCGUGCGCGUUGUUACAAUGAUCUAGAGAAAUUUGAUGAGUGUGUGAAUGACUAUGAGGCGGCAUUGCAGUUGCAGAAGACUCCCGAGAUUAAAAAAUUAUUGCGAGAUGCGAAACUUGCCUUAAAGAAGUCUAAGCGUAAAGAUUACUACAAAAUGCUUGGUAUAUCACGCAAUGCGACCGAAGAUGAAAUAAAAAAAGCAUACCGUAAAAAAGCUUUAAUUCAUCACCCUGAUCGCCAUGCUAACAGUAGUGCAGAAGAACGCAAAGAGGAAGAGUUAAAAUUCAAGGAAAUCGGUGAAGCUUAUGCGAUCUUGUCAGACCAACGAAAAAAGAUGCGAUACGACAAUGGCCAAGAUAUAGAGGAACAGGAACAAGACCUUGAUCCCUAUCAAAUGUUUCGACAUUUAUUCAAGUUUAGUGGUGAAACAGGGCCGGGAGGAUCAUCUGCAUUUGAAUUUGAAACAGGGCCGGGAGGAUCAUCUCAAUUUGAAUUUGAAACAAGGCCGGGAGGAUCAUUUGCAUUUGAAUUUUAACUGGCACGUGGCAUAAAAUUAUGAAGACUACAGACAGAAUAUGCAACACAGAAUUUAUUCUCAAUAACGCAUAAAGAAAUCAACCGCAGACGUAUUUGUGCAAACUCAAAUAUAAAAACAGAACCAAAUUGUUAAAUUAUUGUUUCUCGCUAAUUCGAAAAAAUGUGUGGAAAAUAAA